AUGCGUAGUGGAUGCUUGGUUUACGAUGUAUGUGGUUCAUAUGAGCAUAAUUCUUCUAUGUGCCCUCAUCCAUUUAUGGAUAAAUGUGAUGAUUUUGAGGGUUAUGUGAAUGAGCAUGUGAACUUUGAGCCUAACAAUAAUGGAUCAAGGUUUGAUAAUCAGAAAGGCCAAGGGAAUAGGAAUUAUCACAACCAAGGCAAUUUUGACGACUAUAACCAAGGUAGUGGUUAUAGGAACCAAGGAAACCAAGGUUUCCAGGGUCAAGGUGAUAAUUUUUAUGCUCAACCUUCUUCUUCUAAGUCUAAUUUGGAGGAAAUCAUUGAAAUUCAAACCAAAUUGUUGAACACUUACAUAUCGGUUAGUGAUAAGAAAUUUAAUGAAAUGAUGACCCAAAAUAAGAUGUUAGAGAACCAAAUUUCUAAAUUAGCUAGUGCUUUGAAAGACAAUGCAAGACCUUCUUCUUUACCUUCCCAAGCUCUUGACCCCAACAAACCGGUUUAUUCUAUCACCACUAAAAGUGGCAAAGUGCUAGAGGAGAGAGUUUCUAAGAGGAGUCAAGAGAAGGAAAAGGCGAGUGAUUCAUUUGAUGAUGAUGAGCAUGAUGUGUCUAGUAAGAAGAGUGAGAGUUCUAAUGAGAAGGCCAAGGAGAAAGAGAGAAUGCAAGAUGAGGUUAUCAAACCCAAACUACUCUACCCCCAAAAGUUCAUGUGGCACAAGUUGGAUGAACAACUCGGGAAAUUCAUCGAGAUGCUUAAGCAAAUUCAUCUUUCUAUUCCUUUCACCGAUGUUUUGCAACAAAUGCCAAACUAUUUUAAGUUCCUUAAGGAAAUCUUGAGUGGCAAGAGAGAGUGCAAUGUGGUUGAUUUGGUGAGUGUUGGGGAAUGUUGUAGUGCUCUUAUCCAUAAUAACCUACCCCCAAAGAUGAAAGACCCAAGGAAUUUCUCCAUCCCUUGCAAUAUUAAUGGAAAAUUGUUCCAAAAUUCUCUUUGUGAUCUUGGUGCUUGUGUUAGCAUCAUGCCAUAUUUCGUCUUUAAGAAGCUUAGGUUAGCUUGUGAUGAUACUCCUAAAUGUGUUGAAAUCAAGAUUGUUAGUGAAGAAGACAAGGAGUCCUGA